AUGUCCUUCCAUCGCGUAUUACCUCGUCCCUUGGCUUUGUCCAAUAAAGAAUUGGCCAACAGAUGGGCUGCUCCUCCCGAUUCCGUCAGGAGUGCGAAGACCAUGACGAGUGAGAGGGCUAAAUCUGCAUACGUGGAAAACUCCAGGAUUGCAGAGCCCUUGCCGCUCGAUAACGCUUCCAGGAGGUCGACAGUGGAGCUCCCUGAGAGACCAGUGCACAAUUCACUCCCACAACACGAGGAAUCGAAUCCCGCCGAGGGUAGCCACAGUGACUCUGCGCAGGAUUCUGCAAAAAAUCGUGCUCCAUCUAGCAUCGACGCCUGGCAGGGAGACUCGCCUAGUCAGAUCUGUCUAUGCCAACCUGAUCCGAAGGUUCCAAGACCUAGAAACGCAUUCAUUCUCUACCGUCAGCACCAUCAAGCUUCGGUAGUUGCACAAAAUCCGGGCCUCGCAAACCCAGAAAUCUCCAAAGUCAUCGGUGACCAUUGGCGAGCUGCCGCUCCUGAAAUCAAAGAACAUUGGAAACUUCUGGCAGAAGAGGAGAAGAUUCGUCAUCAAAAGCAGUAUCCCGACUAUCGUUACCAACCCCGCCGAACUGGCCGAAAUAGUAGUGCAGCAGAGCUUUCACACAACCCUUCGGUCUUCGGAGACGGACAGCGCUGUUCGAAGUGCGGCGGUAAAUCUAUCAGCAGCUCCAGCGUGAUCAGCACCAAUAGCUCGAUUUCGACCCAAGGCAGUCCACCAUUGCCACAUCAGAUAACCAGGUCAGACAGCCAGAUUGCGAUGCCUCCGCCUACCGUGACCUCGAUAUCGGCUGGCCGGUUCGCAAGAGCUCCUAGCAGUCCUUCUGCAAGGGACGACUCGCCACAGUCUUAUCGAUUCACCCGACCUCAGACAGCACAUGCAUUGGCCUUGGCCUCGCCACGCCAGACCAAGCGCCCAGCAGAGGUCAAUGAGCAAUCACCAAUUUCUCCUGUUGCUAAGCGUCGUCGAAUGCCCACCAUUCCUUAUUCACAGUCUCGUGUGCCCCACGGACCGCAGACACCGUUCACACUAUCGAAACCCGGGCAAAGAAGGCCUUCCCUACCAAGACCAGACUUUCUUACGGGCACACUUUCCAGUCCUACCGCGAUGGGCCAAUCGGCUGGACCUCGCACAGCCUCACUUCAGAUGCGUUCCGAUUCUCUACGAUUGCCGCCCCUUCACACCAAUGCAGUUGGAGAUAAUAGUCAUUUUCGAUCUGAUAGCUCCGACGCACAACAUGCGAAGACCUUGGAGGCUAUGAUUCACUCCAUUCCUCUUCUAGCCAGAAUCAGGGUCCUCGGGCGAGUCUGUGGACCGUUGCCCCUCAUACCUGAUUUGAUUUCAUCUAUUGGUUUCCAAAGGAGAAAAGGAAGGGGAGUUGUUAUCGCCAUAGAUUCCGCGGACAGCUUAGCGAUCAGACAGUUGACAGCAACGCUCGAAGCAGCCUUGAAAUAUGAAACCAACCUGAGGAUCUUUUGCACACCGAAGCCCUCAGAGGAUGAACCAGCGACCUUGCAAUCCUACCUUCGCCUAGUCGACCAAUAUCACACCUUGAGCGGCGAAGUAGUUGAACACGUGACGCCAGCACCACGACCAAAAACCUCCCUUCCUCUAACCAGCUCCCCAGGAGAUUCGCCAGAGAAAAUGGAAAUUGAGGAAGGGGAAGUUGAGGAAGAACAAUCCCCGGUGUCUCCCAAAUCCUUCCCCAAACUUCGGAGCAGCACCCACACCAAUGCCAGCAAAAGUAUCAACACCAAAUCCAAGCACAGCAUCUCCCCGGCCCCUCCCUCCGCCAUGUCAAUCACCAGCGACACACACGACAACCUAACGUCAGUAGCACUAGUUCCUGGCUGGCACCUCACGCACACCGACUCCUUCGCCGCCCGCGUUCCCAUCACAGACGCCUACUCGCCUAUGGACCACUGGCAAUGGCACGCCACCUUGUGGCGAGGUACCGUGGGGGCCGAUGUUACGGUAGCGGUGCAAGCUAGCGUGCCUGAGGAGGUGACAACAUCGCCGCCGGGGACUGCUGGUAUUGCUGGUGGUGCUGGCACCGCUGGUGGGAAUGAUGGUAGUAAGCAUGUUGGCGGCAAUGCGAAUGGUGGCGAGAACGCUGGAGCGCGCUCCGGGUCUGGUGGUGCGGCGGGAACUGGCAUGAAAGUCGAUAAAGCUAAUGGCGGGGUGGACAUUCGACUGGAAGAUUCGAGGUCGAUCGUUGUGCAAGGCGGGGAGAAAGGCGUCAGUGAGGUUGCUCUUAGGCGGGUGGGGUUCGAGAUGAGUGAAUGGGUGAGGGGAUGGGGGGGAGGGAUGCGUAAAGUGUUGGAUAAUUUUGAGGGUCGAGGAGAUUGUAAUUAUCUUGAGCUGAUUGAUUUUGUAUCUUGGGUGGUCAGGACCUCGCUUGAUAGGUUUGUUCGUAAUGGGCUCUGGACUGAUUCCGUGAACGUUUGUUACCGUCAAUUUAUAGAAAUGGUUGGAACCGAGCAGUCGCCAGCGUUUGAUUUCCCUUGCUGGUUUGAUUAUACUCCGUGCAUUCUUGCCUGUGACAAUGUGCUAUAA